CGGACCGGACCGGAACAUCUGAUCUUUGUUUUGUUGACGUUUUGCAGCAUUCGUGUUUCGAAUUGUUUCAAAUUCGAAGUAGGUCUGUGUGUCGCGCGUAAAUUUGCCUGCAUCCUUCUCCGAUAUCUCAACUCAAUACCUAGAGUUUAUCAAUUAAGGAAAAUGAUUGAAAUUACAUGCAAUGACCGAUUGGGGAAAAAAGUCCGCGUCAAAUGCAACACGGACGACACGAUAGGAGACCUCAAGAAGUUGAUAGCCGCGCAGACUGGCACCAGAUACGAUAAAAUCGUCCUGAAGAAAUGGUACACAAUUUUCAAGGACCACAUCACACUACAAGACUAUGAAAUACACGACGGAAUGAACCUGGAGCUGUACUAUCAGUGAGGAGCGGGAAAGCAAACAAUCACGCUGCGACAUCAGUUCAUUUGUCAUUUUAUUUCAGCUGGUUCAAACUCAAAAUGCUUUUUGUAUAUAACUGGUAACAUUAAUUAAACUUAAGUUUUCAAUAAAAUGUGGUGUGAAACAAGGCUGCGGUAAAA